AUGGCGGCUUCAAACCCAAUUUUGCCCAAGAAGGGCGAGCGCAAUAUCCUCAUUACUAGCGCAUUGCCAUACGUUAACAAUGUGCCUCAUCUGGGCAACGUUGUCGGCUCUGUGUUGAGUGCUGAUGCUUUUUCGAGAUACCACAAGGCUUGCGGUCGUCAAACACUUUACAUCUGCGGAACGGACGAGUAUGGUACAGCAACAGAGACCAAGGCGCUGGAAGAGAAGGUGACUCCCGAGGAGCUGUGCGCCAAGUACAAUAAGAUUCAUCAGGAAGUGUACGAAUGGUUCAACAUUGGAUUCGACCACUUCGGCCGCACCCCGACCCAGCAGCACACCGAGAUCUCCCAGGCGAUUUUUAAGCGACUUGAGGAGAACGGUUUCUUGGCUGAGCGGACUGCCGAACAGCCAUUCUGUGAGCAACACGGCUCGUUCCUGGCGGAUCGAUAUGUCGAGGGCGAGUGCCCCCGGUGCCACUAUGAUGAUGCGCGUGGAGAUCAGUGUGAUAAGUGCGGUCACCUCCUCGAUCCUUUUGACCUUAUCAAGCCUCGGUGUAAGCUUGAUGGAGCCACCCCGGUGCGCCGCGAGACAAAACAUAUCCACCUGCUGCUUGACAAGCUCCAGCCGGAGGUUGAGAAGUGGGCGAACGAGUCAAUUGAAAAGGGUCAGUGGCCUAAGAACUCACGGAUCAUCACCGAGUCGUGGUUGAAGGAGGGCUUGAAGGACCGCGGUAUCACUCGCGACCUGAAGUGGGGUGUCCCCGUCCCGCUAGAGGGAUUCGAGAACAAGGUGCUGUACGUUUGGUUCGAGGCUUGCAUUGGAUACCCCUCUAUCACUGCCAACUACACCAAGGACUGGGAGCUUUGGUGGCGCAACCCGGAGGAUGUGCAGCUGUACCAGUUCCUGGGUAAGGACAACGUGCCUUUCCACAGUGUCAUCUUCCCUGCUACUCAGAUCGGUACUCGGGACACCUGGACUAUGAACCACCACUUGAGCGCCACUGAGUACCUGCAAUACGAGGGCGGUAAGUUCAGCAAGUCUCGAGGAGUCGGUGUUUUCGGAACCAACGCCAGAGAGACCGGUGUGCCCGCAGAUGUGUGGCGUUACUACUUGCUUAAGAACCGCCCUGAAACCGGAGACACUUUCUUCGAGUGGCGGUCAUUUGUUGAUGCCAACAACAGCGAGCUGCUGGCCAAGCUUGGUAACCUCGUUAACCGAGUCAUCAAACUCGUUGCGGCCUCUUACGGAUCCGUUGUCCCUGAGUUCACCAUCCCCGAGGACUUCGCUCCUUUCCAGGAGGAGGUUACUACUCACCUGCGCCAGUACAUUGAGGACAUGGAGAGUGUUCACCUCCGUGCCGGUGUGACCACUGCUAUGCGCAUCGCUGAGGCUGGUAACGGUCUGAUCCAGGCCAAUCGUCUUGAUAACGCCCUGAUUGCCAACGAGCCCGAGCGUGCCGCGGCCGUUGUCGGAGCUGUCUUGAACUUGAUCCACCUGCUCUCCGCGGUCUUCUCCCCGUACAUGCCCGCUACCUCCAAGUCGAUCCUGGAGCAGCUGAACUCCCCGGUCCUGUUGAUCCCUACCAUCGAGGAGCUCAAGGAUGGAUGGAAGCCCAGCAGCAUCAAGGCUGGCCACAAGAUUGGCAAGGCUCAGUACCUGUUCUCUCGUAUUGAUCCCAAGAAGGCCGAUGAGUGGCGCGAGGCUUUCGGUGGCUCCCAAGCUGACCGAGCCAAGAAGGCCGAGGAGGCUGCUAAGGCCGCUGCCAAGAAGGCUGCUGCAAAGGCGAAGAAGCUGGCGAAGAAGGAGCAGAGCAAGGCUGCUACUGGUGUGGAGGCUACUGCCAAGGGUGGUGCAGAGGGCGUUAGCGUGACAGCUUCCAGUUCUCAAGAUGAGGCUGUGCAGAAGGUCACCGACGGUGUCGCACAGGUUACCCUUCCCUCCUCGUGA